UUGAUAGUGCACUGCCAAUCUGGAGACAACGAUCUCGGCGGCCAAGAAACCGACGUCGGUUCGAGGUACACGUGGCACUUCGUGACGAAUCUCUUCGGAGGGACGUAUUUCUGGUGCGACCUGGAUUUGGGGGAUCGUCGCCUUUCUUUCACGGCGUUCGAUCAGGAGAAGAGGGGUCGGUUCGCUUCGGAGUUUUAUGUGGGCGACGGUGGCGUUUAUAAGGAGUUUGGAUGUUCGGGGAAUCCGAUUGUUGCGUGGAGGCCGAAAGGUUAG